AUGGAUCGAGCCAAGAAGAAGCUUGUCUCUGCGAUUGAUGGCUUGAGAAACUUUCAUGGACGUACUGAGUUAGAGUUCGAUGAGAAGGUCUGUGCCGAGCACGUUUGUUUAGCUCAGAUAGUUCGUCACGGGUUUCCAGAUGACCCUCGGUGUAUAGCUUACGAUGCGGUACAAAGACUCAUAGCCAUAGGUACGGGGCAUGGCACGGUGCGGAUUAUGGGUGAUAUCGGCGUGGACUACACCCUCAAACACACCUCUGAUGCCGCCGUCACUCAUAUCCAGUUCUUGGUCAAUGAGAGGAAUUGGAUGGGUGAAGGCUUCAAUCUGAGUGCAGUGUUCUUCGAUCGUUUGUGUGUUCUUUUAAUGAAGCAAACGAAUUUGUUUCCGAUUAUUUUGUAA